AAUCACAUGGAGAUUUGACUUUACUUCAUUAUGGUCGAAUAAAGCACUUAAAGAAUUCCUUAAAAUUAAAGAUUCACUCUUUUGGAUGAAAAGGGGCUUAUUUAUGUAAAUCAAUUAUACGCUUUAGGUCAAAUAAAGUCGUUUGAAGAGAUAGCCCAUAAGUGUGUGGGGGGAAGACAAUCAGAAACAUUGUUUUUAACAAAUAAGUAACACAGAUCAUAAACCAAUAAAAGGAGAGAUUGGAGAUUUCAGGGAUUCUAUAUAUAAGAAAAGUUUAAUUAGACUAUUUCCUUAUGCGAAGUUGCUGUCUCGGCAUGCUGGGAGUUGUGGUUCUGCAGCGGUUGGGGGUUCACAGCUUGAAGACCACUGCUAUAGAGGGUGCAAAUGUAUCUGAGCCCUGGAACUCAAAUAAUGUGAAAUAUGAGAUGAUCAAAAUGGAGCCCCUGCACUAAUUACUUGGGUUCUGAGGUCUGUAAGGUCCAUAGUAAAAACAUCAGGUUCUGUCUAUAGCAGAUACUAAAUCAUGGCAGCUCAAAGAAACAAGCAGUCAUUCUGACAUGUCACAUGUGAUGUCAUAGACAGCUGGAGGCCUGACAUCCCACUGACAGCCGCCCGAGCCUUCAGUCAGUUCCAGUGCGAUUAGUGAGAAUAGUGAGAUUAGCGUCUUCUUCUUCUACUUGUCUGAAAUGGAGCUAAAAGGACUGGGGUUCGUCCCCCUCCUGUUGGCGUUUUGGUGUGCGGCCUGGCUUGCCACCAGCUACAUCAUGACGGUCGUCCUCGGCCAUGCAGCCUCGCCACUGAUGAGCAUCAGUGACGUGGGAAAUGUCUUUCCCGAAAGCAUAUUAUUCAGAAUUGGAUUCAUAGGGACGUCCAUUGGCACUUUGGUACUAACCUUUCUUAUUUAUAAGUAUAUGGUUAUGCAUACUGAAGAGUUCAGGGGUCAUCAGGUCCUGAUCCAGAGGAUCCUGCUGGCCAUUGUGUGGGCCUCCUGUUUUUCCACAGCUGUUAUGCAUGUAUUGUCCCCCGAAGAAUAUCCCAGGAUACACUUUGUCAGCACGAUAAUUUCCAUUACAUGUGAAGCCUUAUACUACCUUGGGCAGUCCAUCCAGAUGUAUAAAUUACCAGGAGCAAAAAAAGUCAUCCACCAUAGUAGAUGCACCUGCUGUGGCCUGACUUUUGUCUGUGUAGUUUUCUAUUUUGGAUAUGAAACAUUAAAGGAAUUAUUCCAUAAUGAUGAAGACUGGGACGAGAUCCGUGAAAUCCCCAUCAUAAUCAUCGAGUGGGUGAUGCUUCUACUGAUCCUGAUAAACAUCGUGACCUAUUAUUCCACCAUGCAGAGGUUAUUGUUGACCGUCUCCAGAAACAGCUGCACACUCUCUCUUAGAGUAAAAAUUGAUGACUUCGGGGUGUAGACCACCACGGGGGCCAUCAAGUGGACUUCUGGGAGAGAUACUGCACAGGACACGGAAAACAUCUAAAGAAGAAU